AUGGCAACAGAAGUCGCAGCACCUGUAGCAUUUCCAAUGACUUCUCCUCGUCGACUUCAACGUGGCUCACGAUAUUCAGCCCAUCCUCAACCUGGGCCUCCACCGUCUCUCUCGAGUCUGGAAUCAGCAUUCCAGCUCCAAGAGUACAUUUCUCAGCUUAUAAAGCGUGAUCCAGAGGACAUUGAGGCGAUUGUAAAGCUACCGGCCUCGACAACGACAGCGUCUGACCAAUCGAAUGAGUCUGCGACGUCUUCUCAGGACGCCCCAGACGUAGAUCAAAGCUGCUGGGUCUAUGAGCAUCUCCGACGACUUGCUCAGGACCUGACUUAUCCGCUGAUCACCUUGUUGCAAGCGGAAUGCACUCGUCAGACUUGUCCCGAGAUGAAGGCUGGCGAAUGGUUAUACUUGUGUGUAGCUCAUGGUAAUGGGGGAAACAUGGAGCAAUGUUGUGCCAUCGACUACAUUCUUCAUACACUAGACUCUGCAACUGCGCUUCUGAACUCGUCUCGCAACUUUCCAUCACGCAUUGCUAUCCCAAUUAAUUCCACACGACAUUUCUCGUCACUUGCUCGUCGACUCUCUCGUGUCUUUGCUCAUGCGUACUUUCACCAUCGCGAGCUCUUCGAACAGGCAGAAAGUGAAAAUGCGCUCUAUGAACGCUUCCUCGGCCUUGUCAACGAGUUUCAACUUGUCCCGGCUGAGUUCCUUGUCAUCAAUUGGGAAGGAAGGCCUGCUCGCAAGCCAAAGAACACCUACGCGCAAGGCGGCUCAGAAGCGCAAUAUAUAGAGGAACGGAAUCCCUCUGAAGCAGCUCCAACCAUUCUGAGACGAGAGGCGUCUGGAUCUGAAUCGCUGUCCGCCAACGUUGGAGAAGACGCAAAUCUCAUGGCAUCACCAUCGGGAGGCAGCCUUAGCAGACGUCGCACGGACACUAUGUAUAUGACUGGUGAUGUGCUUGCCGCCCUUGACCCAGUUCUCAGUGGGGAAGCCUUUGCAAAUGGUGCCGAGCCCACGCUUGAGGACCUUCAGGCAUCUAGUGCCGCAGCACACGAGGCAGAAGACAAUCAGGAGGAAAUGGUCGAGUCUGUUGAUCCGUUCACAGACUCAAACGAGGUGGAGCCGAGCCCGAGCGAGGAAAAGGUUGGGGAGGACGUCGCAGUCCUUGGAGACGACGAAAAUGUUCCAGACGUUGAGGAUGCUGUCGUUCCAAUCAAGGAAGAGGAUGAUUGGCCGGACGUCGAGGUCUUGGAGGAAGAAGCUGCAGAGGCGAGCGCCGAGGGCCAGAAGACAGAGGAGAUCGUUGCGGAGCCGCUUCCUACCCCAGUGGAUGAGAAUACUCCUGAAGUGGUGGAUACUCCCGCUGAGGAUGCAAAGACCGAGGAAACAGCCACCGCAGAGACAGAAGCAGGGGCGGAAUCAGAGGCGGGAGCAACAAGACCAGAGGACAAGGAAGCUGUUGAGAAGAUGCUCAUGGAUCUCGAAGAGGAACGAAAGGAAAAAUUAGGUGUUGUCGCCGCUGAAGAUGCUGCUGCUGCUGAAUAG